ACUUGGUCUCAAAAACUUGACCAGUUGACUCAGUUGACCCCCAGCUUCCCUGUAAAACCUCGGCCAUAUCGCCCCAUCUCAGCCAUUUAGAGAGCUUCCUACGGCGGCCAAAAAAACGAUCAGCACCAAUCAUGGCCGAGGACAAUAAGGAAAUGACUGCGAUCGCCUACCAGGCUGCCCGGGAGAACUUCGAAGCCUUGAUGGAGGGCUUGGGGCAGAGCGAUGUAGAGAUGAUGCCGUUCGAGUUCACGGAUGCUGAGAGGUUGGAAGCGGCGGUCAACGGCUCUGGGACCUGUGUGUUCCUGGUCCUCAUUGGUGGUACGGAUGUGGAUUUGACCAAAUUGGAGAACAAGUUGGUCGUCCAAGAACCGCGUUCGGAGGAGGAAAACUACGAAUACACUCACAGCUUCGUGAUUAUCAAGACCGAAGAAGAAGGAGCGCAGUGCUUUCAACAAUACCCCGGAGGGAUGGAUAGCGACAAGGAAUGCUUUUCCAUCGAUUGUGACUUCUUUGACGGCUUGCAACGUCUGGUGGCCCAUGGCUGCGUCGUCCCUAAAACCUUCCAGCGUCUCUUCUGUGGAUCGUUGGAGCCAAACCCAUACGUAUUACCCGCCUAUGAUCGAAUGAUCAUGAAAGGCGUCGGCUUUUGAUCUGGGUUUGCAACAUGAACUGGAAGCGAAAAUGGGGGACCCACGAAAAGUUAUCCUGAUUACCCUGAUGCCAAAGUGCCACGGCAAUUUCAUGUACUUUGUGGUGGAAUUAGG